AUGGACCAACAACUUAGAGGAACUCUCCGUCAACGGCCGGAAUCAUCCGCCACACAAAUCCAAGCAUUGGUCCGAGGGUUUCUAUGCCGGAAGGAUAGCUUUUUCAUUGAAAUCUCUCGACCAAGCCUUCAACGUCAUGCCAGCCACGUUUCUGCCUUGACCGUGGAAGGCUUCUCCACGCGCUCGCUAAUGUCCUAUCAGGAUGAUCUAGCGGAAGAACAUCCCGGCUUUGAAGCAGGGACCAACCAAGAAGUUGAAUUUAGUUCUCCCGUUCGCAAACCAAGACGAAUUGCGUCCCAAGAGUCUACUGGUUCUUCCCUGUUUCCUUACAACAAGAACGCAAUGCGCACAGUGGAUGAGGAUGACGAACAUCCUGGCUUUGACAGUCCCAAUUCCGAUGAAGAACCAGUCAAACGUCCCACCCGUCUCUUGUCCAAGGAAUCGGUGGAUUCCCGGGGCUGCUUUUUGGAUGAAGGCGAUUUGUUGUUCAGCCCAAAGACUGUGGAUGCCGCAUGUGGUCCAACUAACGACAACGACAAAGACAACAACAACAACAACAACAACAAACGAAGAACCAAAAAGCUUUCCAAGAAAAUGAUGCACAUUCAGGACAUGCCCUUUGCAAGAGGCCAACGAGCACUGAACCGGCAGCGACCCAAGGAUCGUCCAGCGGUCCUGCCCAUUCGGCAUCGGUCCGAUACUUCGAACGACCUCCAGUAG